ACAAGAGUUUUGUUCAGACUUCAAGAAGACUUGAGCGAAACUGUUCGUGAUGGAUCCGCUUACUACAUAGUUUAUGGUAACGUCUUUAUAUAGUUUAAUUUGAUAAUAUCGCAAAUCAUGAUCCGCGUAUGAAGGGGAUAUAAAAACUGCACAGUUCUAAAAUGUGCACUAAACUUAACUGAAAAUUCCGCAAAAUUUUUGACUUAACAGUUUAAAACGUUUAUGUACAAAACUGUUAAGUUCCUAGUUACUUGCCAAGAAAAUUUAUUCCAUUUGCGAGGCUCUAAUUAUAAACCUUUUGUUCCAAGACCCUUAUAACUGAAUCCUUAAAGAAAAGCCUUACUUCUAUAGAGGCUACCCAAUGGAACGAUAUAUACCCGUCGAAAUCGCUAGAGCUCAAUCUCUUGCUGAGUUUAAAUCUAAAAUUUCUUAAUUAUUUUAUUAUUUAUAUAUUUGUUUCAUGUAGUUUUGUAAAUAUUUUGAAGCUUAUUUAUUAGAAAUUAGUUUACUAGCAUAGGUAGACGUUUCCAUUGAAGAGCACAUACUUUAACUUGUGAAAUGGAUCUCGUGUUUUAAUCAAUCAAUCAAUCAAUCAAAACUUUAUGUUUGUAGGAGUAGUUUGGGAUGUUCUCAGGUAUCUUUAACGCAAAAUUAUUCUGAGUAAAUUUUCGACUGUGUACUGUAGCGAGGCCGUUUUUUGAAACCACGAAUAAAAAUUGCUUGCGCAAAAAAAGGAAGGUUUGAAACGUAAUUUGAAUUCAUAAGGUGUCAAUUUACACCAUAUUCUGCUAUAUAUUUUUCCAGGAAAUAAAGACGCCGGCAAGGCCAGGCAAAAUCCAGAAAAUGUCUACUUAUUCUACGACGAUUUCUCCGACUUAAACCUGGAGAAAAAGUGGCAGAAAAACUGGGGCGCUAUUCGUGCAGAAAACGGUGUGUUGAAAUUGAGAACUCGCCGAACGCCAACCGGCGAUAACGCUGAAAUUUCAGUCUUUGUCAAACACGGCCAUGAAUGGGAAGAUAUCGAAGUGGAACUCGACUUUAAUGAAAGAAGUACCGGGACAGAAUAUCCAGGGCCAUUUCUGAGAGUUCAGGAUGUGAGGAUUCAGAGCACUACUGCGUGGUGGUUCCAAUAUAAAUCAGGAAGCAAAGAUUGUACCAUGAGGCCCUUCAAUAAUAACAUGGACGGAAGUUGGUUAUACACGGGCACCUUAACUAAACCGUUGUCUGCAGGAACAUGGUUUCACGCUAAAUAUCGCGUAGCUGGUGACAGGUUU